CUUCACAUAACCGUCGCUAUUCAUUCUGUUCUCUGGUCGUUGUGGCACCUGGCGGGCAGAUGGCCAGCAACGAAGCGCCAGAAUGGACGGGUGAAGGUCCCUUCUGUUGCUCUGCCGCCGCCCACCAACCGCCCGCCAGACGCCACAACACCAUGACACACACCGAGACAGUGAGAGAGAAAUGGACAGCCACACACACAUCACACAAAUGUCAAUCGACCAAUCGCCGCCGGCAAGCACGGCCCUGGCUGCCCGUUUGUCUCUGACUGUCUCCGUCAAGGAGGCAAUGCAACACCGAGAGUGUGUGGUUCGUUACACAUUUCUCGUGUCGCCUGGCCCCGCCGACGCCGACAGCACAGAGACCAACAGACACACUCGCAAUAGGUGAGGGGACAAACACUCUUUCUGUACUGUACACCCCUUCCCCCCCAAAUCAUCGACAACACGCACACGACCCUCUGCUUUCCCUCUCUCUCUGCCCGCACCACUCUACAUGUGUCUGCCUAUCUCGGCACUGGUUUCUUCUCCUUGCCCGCCUUGGGCCACCAGUCCGACCAUGGCCACUUGAUGAGGCCGUAGAAGUCGCGCAGCAUCUCCAGCUGGUAAGGGGUGUAGGGGAACUGAGGCAUGGGCUUGUCCAUGAUCUUGGGGUAGUAGGGGUGCCGCCGCACGCAGUCUUCCUUCUGCGGCAGACGCAGCCGCUCCAUCAGCCACUCAACCUCCACAUCAUCGCUCACCGCCCUCUGUGCCACGCACACACACACACACACAGCAGACAGGCAUUUUAAUCAAUGAGUGCCUGCUCUCUGUGCAGACCUGUUUGUGUGUUGACUCUCCUCUCUCACCUUCAGUUCAGAGCUGCUGAGGACCGGUGUUGGGAUGAUGUGGGGGUCUGUGUCGGGCUCCCUCGGGUUGUUGGUGACGUUGACCUCUGCCCAUUUGGUCAGUACAGGCAGGAAGGACCUCUUGCGGAUGACGCGGCACUCCAUGUGCCCCACCGACAGGUACCUGUCCAGCAGCCGCUCCUUGAGCUUGUUGCGGCAUUGCAGCACCACCAGAUCUCUGUGAACCUUUGACCGGAAGAACGCCCGCCUGCUGCCAGAUGGCGUCCUCACCACGACAGAUCUGGCCGUGUCAGCAAGCGCGGAAGACGUGCUCAUGGUUGAGGCGCCUUCUGCUUAGG